AGAGGCAAAAAGCACUAGCUGAUUUUUUCCCAUCUGCCCUCAUGUCUUGGUGGGCAGCGUCAACCGAUACCUGUUUUGGUGGGAGGCAGCGGGUAUCCGGUAUUUAAUAGUCGAGGUGUGAUUGUGAGUUUUCAAUUAUCACUAUGAAAUUAACCUUUUAUUUCUUUUUUUUAUAUCGAUGGUGUUUGGACCAACUUGCGUGAACCUCGACUAAUCCGUGGGGUUGCUAUCCAGCACAGAGCACACAAGUACAUGUUUUGUCUAGUGUUGCAGCUGAGAUCGAACUUGGGAUCUGCAGGUUGUUAAUCACAUGCCGCAACCACUAGGCCAUCCCCUAUGAGAUUCAUGAUAAAACUCAAUUUUCGAGCCAUUCUGAUUAUUCAAACAAUAAAUUUUAAUUUCUAGUAUAACUUUUUUGUUAAGUUGCCUUAUCUCAGUUAGUCUCCAAUACAGCCCUUUAGUUGAUAUUAGUUCGUUAGAGAACGUAUAGUUAAUCUAUAAUGACUAGUUAUUUCUCAUGAUUAUUAACGAAUAGAGCAUUAAAAGACUAGUUAUUUAUUGCCAGAGUGAAAAUGCGCCCAAAUGAAGCGGAAUGGUUACGGAUCAUUCAUUUAGUGGGCCCUGACUAGUUUAGAGGCGUGGUAUGUUGAUUGAUUGAUUAUUAGCGAGAGCUAAAUCCCCUUGAUGGCGUUUGAAGAGAAAUUGUGAGAGCUAAGGGAUCACUAUGAUAUGUAAGCCUCUGUAGAGUAGUAGAUUGUGUAAGCGGAUAUUGGAGACAACCCAAGAAUGAGCUUAUGUAUAAUGCACGUAUAGAAUCUAAGUUCUGUUAUCCCCUUUGAUGUCUUUGUUCGUUAAUGGUGUGCACAUAAAUUUGCAGGAAAUGUCAUUCUUAAAGGAUAUUCUCAUUGGUUCUGAAGCUCAUUUUGUGGUGCUAAUUGUACAGAGCUCAUCAAUAUUUUCAGAACUUUUUGGAUAUACAGCAUGCAGACAAUUAUCGCAAAUGUUGAUUUCAAUAUUAUUCUUCCAUGUUUCCGAGUACAUUCUGGCACUUUUCAUUCAUGGGAAGUCAAGCGUAACUCUUAAGUCGCUUUUGAUAAGCAAACAUUAUCUAGUGGCAAUGGUUUGCUCCUUGAUAGAGUACCUUAUUGAACUCUAUUUCUUUCCUGGCUUAAAGGAAUAUUGGUGGAUAAGUAAUUUCGGCCUUGCAUUGGUUGUUCUUGGAGAAAUCAUAAGGAAGCUGGCAAUUGUGACUGCAGGCGUAGCCUUCACUCAUCUAAUAAAGGUUUAUCACGAAGAAAAUCAUCAGUUGGUUACACAUGGGAUCUAUAGAUAUGUCCGGCAUCCUGGUUAUAAUGGUUUCUUCAUCUGGUCUAUCGGUACUCAAAUAAUGCUUUGUAAUCCAAUAUCAACCAUUGCAUUUGCAGUUGUUGUGUGGAAAUUCUUCUCGGGGAGGAUACCUUAUGAGGAAUUCUUCCUAAAGCAGUUUUUUGGUUCUGACUACGAGGAUUAUAUGAGAAAAGUUCCUUCUGGUAUUCCAUUUGUGAGGUGAUUAUUCAACAAAACAUCUUGAGGCCACUAUAUAUAUGCCCAGCAUCCUUGUUUAUUGUGGUUUCCUCUUCUGAUCGUCGGUGCUCAGAUAAUCUUCUAAAUUCAAUACCAACUGCGGCUUCUUAGGGUGUAGUCUAGGAAUUUUACUCUCUUAGACACUCUUACGGUUCUCAUAAUGUGAAGUUUGCCGGAGAAAUCCUCUUUGAUACCACUUUCGAAGUGAUGCUUCUGUUAACCUUUGUGGAGUGCUUUAUCUUAUUUGGAUCAUCAUGUUUUCAUUGUAUCGUGUUAUUGUUAGGUAGCUAGGUGUUCCUAACCUUUACUCAAUAUGUUGUUCUUGGUCUUUGAUAUAAUUGACAGGAGGCUUAUAGAGAAGUUAUGAUCCAACGCGUGAGAUAACUUUGCUAGUUCUUAUGGGGAGCUGUAAGUUAUCUAUAUUAUGUAUUUGGCAUGGCUGAUGGUUGCAGCUUUUUAUCAUACUGUUAAGGAGAAAGGUCUUGUAACAUUUUCUUUGAUUUGACCAUUUCACCUCAUCUCAAUUAUGGUUGAUUUCUUUCUGUUGCCUUUUA